ACUUAAUUUGAAUGGCAUUUUACAUCGGUCGGUGUUUGUAGUAGAAUAAAUAAAUUUUCACGUAGAAAAGUACUCGUUUAUUGUGCAUUAUGCCACAGGCGGUAAUAUUAAAUAGGACAUUAAGAAGUCUUGGAGGUUUCUUCAAAAAUGUUCAUAGAGUUAAUAUUGUGAAGGCGGAUCAAGGAAAUUGCCAUGCUAAAUUUACCGUAACUCAAGGAGACUUAAACCCAAUGGGAGAUCUACACGAUGGAUUAGCAGUGACGUUAGUUGAUACUAUUUCAAGUAUUGGAAUGGUUUCAUGCCCAGAAUGGAGAGAACCUUCUCCAACAGUUAAUAUAAGUGUUUUACGUAUAAAAAGUGCAAAACUUGGAGAUGAAUUAACAAUUUCAUCAAAGUUACUAAAAAUUGAGAAUCGAAUGGCCUACAUGGAUGUGAAAAUCUUCAACACUGAUAAUGAAUUGCUCGCUAAAGGCGAACACGCAAAAUUACUAUCGGAAAAUAAAGAGUGAUUGUGUUUUUGUAAAACUAAAA